AUGGCGCCGGGAAUCCUCGAAACGGACUCCGCGGUCGCGGCUGGCAAGGUCUCCAGCUUGGCUGCACUGACCCAUGACUGGGAUGAUACAAUUCGAUUCUAUCUUAACGGCACCAAGGUCGCCGUGGACACUGUCAACCCUGAAGUCACUCUUCUCGAAUACCUGCGGGGUAUUGGGUUGACAGGAACCAAGCUUGGCUGUGCUGAGGGAGGCUGUGGUGCUUGCACUGUGGUCGUUUCUCAUAUCAAUCCCACAACGAAGAAGAUCUACCACGCCUCUGUGAAUGCCUGCAUCGCUCCGCUAGUCAGUAUUGACGGUAAACACAUCAUUACAGUUGAAGGCAUUGGAAACGUUAAGGAUCCCCAUGCAAUCCAGCAGCGAAUUGCGGUCGGCAAUGGAAGUCAAUGUGGUUUCUGCACUCCAGGAAUUGUGAUGUCCCUUUAUGCCCUGCUCCGAAAUAACCCAUCCCCAUCGGAACACGAUGUUGAAGAAGCAUUCGAUGGAAACCUGUGUCGAUGCACCGGCUACCGACCAAUUCUCGACGCCGCCCAAAGUUUCAACACGAAAAACAACUGCGGCAAAGCCUCUGCCAAUGGAGGCUCAGGUUGCUGUAUGGAGAAGAAUGGCUCAGGUGGCUGUUGUAAAGGACCCUCGAACGGCAACGAAAUCGAAACAGUCGAUUACAAAUUCCCUGCACCAAACUUCAAGCCAUACAGUCCUGACACGGAGUUGAUUUUCCCUGCUGCUUUGCGCAAACACGAAUAUCGCCCGUUAGCAUAUGGCAACAAAAAGAAGAAGUGGUACCGGCCGGUGACUGUGGAUCAAUUGUUGCAGAUCAAGAACAUCCAUCCGGAGGCUAAAUUGAUCGGCGGAAGUACCGAAACACAGAUUGAGAUCAAGUUCAAGGCUAUGCGUUAUGCAGCCUCUGUUUACUUGGGAGACAUUCCUGAACUGAGGCAAUUCACCUUGCACGAUGAUUACCUGGAAAUUGGUGCCAACGUGUCUUUGACUGAUCUUGAGCAUAUCUGUGACCAAGCAGUCGAGAAAUAUGGCGAUGCUCGGGGUCAGCCAUUCAAAGCGAUCAAGAAGCAGCUGAUGUAUUUCGCUGGACGACAAAUUCGCAAUGUCGCUUCUCCGGCUGGUAACCUGGCUACUGCUUCGCCCAUCUCAGAUCUCAACCCUGUUUUGGUGGCUACUAACACUAUUCUCGUGGCGAAGUCGCUCGAGGGCGAGACUGAGAUUCCCAUGACUGAGUUCUUCCAAGGGUACAGAAAGACUGCCCUCGCUCCAAAUGCAAUUAUCGCCAGCCUACGCAUUCCAGCUGCACAGAAGCAUGGUGAACAUAUGCGAGCCUACAAGCAGGCUAAGCGCAAGGACGAUGAUAUCGCAAUUGUCAACUCCGCAUUGCGUGUGACCCUGUCUGAGACCAACGAUGUUGUCAGUGCCAACCUCGUUUUUGGUGGCAUGGCAGCUAUGACGGUGUCAGCAAAGAACGCCCAGGAGUUCUUGAUUGGCAAGAAGUUCACGAACCCCGGAACACUUGAGGGCGUGAUGAGUGCAUUGGAGCAAGACUUCAAUUUGCCAUUCGGUGUUCCUGGUGGCAUGGCUAGCUACCGCAAGUCUUUGGCCAUGGGCUUCUUCUAUCGAUUUUACUACGAUGUUCUUUCAGGACUUGAGGUUAAGAGUUCAGACUUAGACCCAGACGUUGUGGCUGAAAUCGAACGAGCCAUUUCUUCGGGAGCGAAAGAUCACGAGUCUUCAGUCGCUUAUCAGCAGAAGAUCCUCGGACGAGCAACUCCCCAUGUCGCAGCCUUGAAGCAAUCUACUGGAGAGGCUCAAUACACCGAUGAUAUCCCAGUGCAACAAAAUGAGCUGUUUGCAUGCAUGGUUCUGUCUACUAAGGCCCACGCCAAAAUCCUCAGUGUGGAUGCUUCUGCUGCAUUGGAUAUUCCAGGCGUUGCGGACUACGUGGACCACACGGAUCUUCCCAACCCACAAGCAAACUGGUGGGGAGCCCCCAAGUCUGAUGAGCUCUUCUUUGCCGUGGACGAGGUUACAACAGCUGGUCAGCCCAUUGGUUUGAUCCUGGCUACUUCAGCAAAGAUUGCCGAGGAAGGUAUGAGGGCUGUCAAGGUGGAGUAUGAAGACCUGCCUGCUAUUCUUACCAUGGAAGAGGCCAUUGAAGCCGAAUCUUACUUCGAGCACUACCGCUACAUUAAAUGUGGCGAUACUGAGGAAGCUUUCAAGAAUGCUGACCAUGUCUUCACUGGUGUUUCGCGCAUGGGUGGCCAAGAGCAUUUCUACUUGGAAACCCAGGCUUGUGUGGCUAUACCAUUACCAGAGGAUGGUCAAAUGGAGAUUUGGAGUGGUACUCAGAACCCUACUGAGACACAAGCCUAUGUCGCCCAGGUCACAGGUGUCGCCGCAAACAAGGUUGUCUCGCGCGUGAAACGUCUUGGUGGUGGUUUCGGUGGCAAGGAAACACGAUCUGUCCAGCUGGCUGGAUUGUGCGCUACUGCCGCAGCAAAGACUCGACGACCCGUCCGAUGCAUGCUAAACCGUGAUGAGGAUAUCCUGACUUCUGGUCAGCGUCACCCCUUCCUUUGCCAUUGGAAGGUUGGAGUGAGCAAGGAAGGAAAGCUCCUUGCCCUCGAUGCCGACGUCUUUGCCAACGGAGGCCACACACAAGAUCUUUCCGGCGCCGUCGUUGAACGAAGCCUGUCACACAUUGAUGGCGUGUACAAAAUUCCGAAUGUUAAUGUUCGUGGCCGGAUCUGCAAGACCAAUACCGUGUCGAACACUGCUUUCCGUGGAUUUGGUGGACCACAAGGUCUUUUUUUCGCCGAGUGCUACAUCGAAGAGAUUGCCGAUCAUUUGGGCAUGACUGCUGAACAUGUGCGUGCAAUUAACAUGUACCAGCCGGAUGAAACAACACAUUUCCACCAGCCUCUUAAGGACUGGCACGUACCGCUCAUGUACAAGCAAGUUAUGGAGGAAAGCUCUUACAAUGACCGUCGAAAGGCUGUUGAAGAAUAUAAUGCACAGCACAAGUGGUCUAAACGUGGAAUGGCAAUCGUGCCCACCAAGUUCGGUAUCUCCUUCACAGCCCUUUUCCUGAACCAAGCAGGUGCCCUGGUCCACAUCUAUCACGACGGCAGUGUCCUUGUGGCACACGGCGGUGUCGAAAUGGGCCAAGGUCUACAUACAAAGAUGACCAUGAUUGCCGCCGAAGCAUUACAGGUCCCGCAAUCAAGCGUUUUCAUCUCCGAGACAGCAACAAACACAGUAGCCAACACAUCCUCCACAGCGGCUUCAGCAAGUUCCGAUCUAAACGGAUACGCCAUUUUCAAUGCCUGUGAACAACUUAACGAGCGCCUUCGUCCCUACCGCGAGAAGAUGCCGAACGCCCCAUUGAAAGACCUCGCGCAUGCAGCCUAUUUCGAUCGCGUCAAUCUCUCAGCACAAGGAUACUACCGUACCCCAGACAUCGGCUAUGUAUGGGGCGAAAACAGCGGCCAGAUGUUCUUCUACUUCACACAAGGUGUAACAGCCGCCGAAGUCCAAAUCGACACACUAACAGGAGAUUGGACGCCCCUCCGUGCAGACCUUAAGAUGGACGUCGGACGCACUAUCAACCCCUCAAUCGACUAUGGCCAAGUCGAAGGCGCCUACAUUCAAGGCCAGGGUCUCUUCACCACGGAAGAAAGUCUCUGGCACCGCGCCUCCGGCCAGAUCUUCACCAGGGGACCAGGUAACUACAAGAUCCCUGGCUUCCGUGAUAUCCCGCAGAUCUUCAAUGUCAGUUUACUUAAGGAUGUGACGUGGGAGAAUCUGCGGACUAUCCAGCGCUCGCGUGGUGUCGGUGAACCGCCGCUGUUCAUGGGUGCUGCUGUCUUCUUUGCUAUACGUGAUGCCUUGAAGGCUGCGCGUAAGCAGUGGAAUGUUACUGAUGUGCUGCAUCUCGAGAGUCCGGCUACUCCUGAGAGGAUUCGCAUUAGUUGUGCUGAUCCGAUUAUUGAACGUGCUAGGGUUCAACCUAAAGAGGGGGAGAAGAGUUUCUUUGUUGCUAUUUAA